CGGGCGGGCGCGCGCGCGGCGGGGGCGGGCUCUGCUUAGCGCCCAGCUGCAUCCGCGGAGCCGGACGUGUCCGCGAAGAUGGCGGGCCGGAAUAUGCAAGCUGCAAGAUGCCCUACAGAUGAGUUAUCUUUAACCAACUGUGCAGUUGUGAAUGAAAAGGAUUUCCAGUCUGGCCAGCAUGUGGUUGUAAGGACGUCCCCUAACCACAAGUACACAUUUACACUCAGGACCCAUCCAUCAGUGGUUCCAGGGAGCAUUGCAUUCAGCUUACCCCAGAGAAAAUGGGCUGGACUUUCUAUUGGCCAAGAAAUAGAAGUUUCCUCUUACACAUUUGACAAAGCCAAACAGUGCAUUGGUACAAUGACCAUCGAGAUUGACUUCCUACAGAAAAAGAAUAUUGACUCCAACCCUUAUGACACUGACAAGAUGGCGGCAGAGUUUAUCCAGCAGUUCAACAACCAGGCCUUCUCAGUGGGACAACAGCUUGUGUUUAGCUUCAAUGAAAAGCUUUUUGGUUUACUGGUAAAGGAUAUUGAAGCCAUGGAUCCUAGCAUCCUGAAAGGAGAGGCUGCGACGGGUAAAAGACAGAAGAUUGAAGUAGGAUUGGUUGUUGGAAAUAGUCAAGUUGCAUUUGAAAAAGCAGAAAACUCAUCACUCAAUCUUAUUGGCAAAGCUAAAACCAAGGAAAAUCGUCAAUCUAUCAUCAAUCCUGACUGGAACUUUGAAAAAAUGGGAAUAGGAGGUCUGGAUAAAGAAUUUUCAGACAUUUUUCGACGAGCAUUUGCUUCUCGAGUAUUUCCUCCAGAGAUUGUGGAGCAGAUGGGCUGUAAACAUGUUAAGGGCAUCCUGUUAUAUGGCCCCCCUGGUUGUGGUAAGACUCUCUUGGCUCGACAGAUUGGCAAGAUGCUGAAUGCAAGAGAACCCAAGGUGGUCAAUGGGCCAGAAAUCCUUAACAAAUAUGUGGGCGAAUCAGAGGCUAACAUUCGUAAGCUUUUUGCUGAUGCUGAAGAGGAGCAAAGGAGGCUCGGUGCUAACAGUGGCUUGCACAUCAUCAUCUUUGAUGAAAUCGAUGCCAUCUGUAAGCAGAGAGGGAGCAUGGCUGGUAGCACCGGAGUCCAUGACACUGUUGUCAACCAGCUGCUGUCCAAAAUUGACGGCGUAGAGCAGCUCAACAACAUCCUCGUCAUUGGAAUGACCAAUAGACCAGAUUUGAUAGAUGAGGCUCUCCUUCGACCUGGAAGACUGGAAGUUAAAAUGGAGAUAGGCUUGCCGGAUGAGAAAGGUCGACUACAGAUCCUGCACAUCCACACAGCAAGGAUGAGGGGGCAUCAGUUACUCUCUGCAGAUGUGGACAUUAAAGAACUGGCCGUGGAGACCAAGAAUUUUAGUGGUGCCGAACUCGAGGGUCUGGUGAGAGCAGCACAGUCCACUGCUAUGAACAGACACAUAAAGGCCAGUACUAAAGUAGAAGUAGACAUGGAGAAAGCAGAGAGCCUCCAGGUGACCAGAGGAGACUUCUUCGCAUCUUUGGAGAAUGAUAUCAAACCAGCAUUUGGCACAAACCAAGAGGAUUAUGCAAGUUACAUUAUGAAUGGAAUCAUCAAGUGGGGUGACCCAGUUACCCGAGUUCUGGAUGACGGGGAACUGCUUGUCCAGCAGACUAAAAACAGUGACCGCACACCACUGGUUAGCGUCCUUCUGGAAGGCCCUCCUCACAGUGGGAAGACUGCCCUUGCUGCAAAGAUUGCAGAGGAAUCCAACUUUCCCUUCAUCAAGAUCUGCUCUCCUGAUAAGAUGAUUGGCUUUUCUGAGACAGCCAAGUGUCAGGCCAUGAAGAAGAUCUUUGAUGAUGCGUACAAAUCCCAACUCAGCUGUGUGGUUGUGGAUGACAUUGAGAGACUGCUCGAUUAUGUCCCCAUUGGCCCCCGGUUUUCUAACCUGGUAUUACAGGCUCUUCUUGUGUUACUGAAAAAGGCACCUCCUCAGGGCCGCAAGCUUCUCAUCAUUGGGACAACUAGCCGUAAAGAUGUCCUUCAGGAAAUGGAAAUGCUCAACGCUUUCAGCACCACCAUCCACGUGCCCAAUAUUGCCACAGGAGAGCAGCUGUUAGAAGCUUUGGAGCUUUUGGGCAACUUCAAGGACAAGGAACGUACCACAAUUGCACAGCAAGUGAAAGGGAAGAAAGUCUGGAUAGGAAUCAAGAAGUUACUAAUGUUGAUUGAGAUGUCCCUGCAGAUGGACCCUGAAUACCGUGUGAGGAAAUUCUUGGCCCUCUUAAGAGAAGAAGGAGCUAGCCCCCUGGACUUCGAGUGAAAAUGGACUGUUUACAACAAUGACCAAGGGAAGUGACCAAGGUGCAGACGGCCUGGUAUCUUCACUCAUCCUCUCAACAGGACUACGUGAAAUGUCCUCCACCUUCAACAUGCUCACCCUGCAUGAUCACCAGUGCAAUAAAACACCAGUGUGCUUUUUGAGAGCUGUCUCCUAGUGUUCAGUGCAAGGUGUAAACUUGCUUUAGACGGCUAUGCUUUCCUGUCCAUGCAAGCUAAGAUGAUUCCUUCUUACUCAGAGUCCACAUGUGGGAGGCACACUGAGCAUGUGAAGCUCUCCUCCACCACCACCCCCAGAAAACUAUCAGUACAUGUGGUGAAUGCCACAAGCCAGCACUCGGUCUCCUAGAAGGUAGGCUUUCUGCACGCAAACCUAGAGCAAAGUGUGGUGGUGUAAGUUCCAUGAGAUCCUUAACAGAGAGCUUCCCUAUGCUGACACUAAAGGUAACUAACUGGGUAUUUGGUUGAGAGGCUCUCCCACAGAACAGGUUAUUCCAUUUGCCUGAAGAGAUGGGACUUUGAAUAUCUGAGAUGCUGUUCUCAAUCAUUUUCAGGAUGUUUCCAAGUUGCAAUCAGGAAAUCUUUCUUACUAGGAAGUCAGAUCAUUACUGUGGUGACUAUGAUAUGCCCUGAAUGUAAUUAAUUUGCUCUGUGGUAAGAGAUAUGCUAAUCAUUACCACUCAGUAAAUGUUGUUAAACCUUAUGAAAGAUAUGCAUAGAAAGCUGUGCAUCCCUAAACAGAAAGAAAUACUGAAAUUAAGUCAUUUUACAGGCCUCUCAGCACUAAUUAGUGUCCAACUCUAAGUGGGUCAAUUCCUUAGGAUGAUGUUACAGGCUGAUUAGUAUCAUCACUCUUUUCUCCUCAGCCUAGUGACUUACUUAGUAUCUUUCUUGUAUUUCAAAUGAUCUGUAAUAUCUAGCACAUAAAACACUAUCACCUAACAAAAUGAGCCACCUCUGAGUCCUCUCCCUCGAAUGUCCAUUCCAGAGUACUGAACACUUUUUCCAAAGGGAGGAGCUCGUGCAGUCCUUUUGAGGGUGAUUUGUCUUAUCAGUGAGUCAGAAGAAUUUUAAUUGGGUCAUUGUUCAUGGUGAUGAGACUUCUGGUGCAUGCCACCCUCCCUGCUGCUGCUUAAAAUACGUGGGUAGCAAUCAGAGCCAUCCUUAAGCUGGUGCCACGUGCCGCCCCGUAGGCUUGCUGCUGCAGUGGCACUUGGGUGUGGCUCUGUCACUGUCCCCACAGAAGGCUAAUCAUCUCCAAAUCUUGCUGUCUGUAUACUUUGUUUUGGGUUUUCUUCCUUGGCUUUUUUGUAGCUUUAAAAGUGUAAAUUGUGUUGUGAAAUUGCAGUUCCUGGUGGCUAGAGCCGUGGACCCGUUUGCCUGUGGUCUUCCUCUUUACUCCCCAUGAAGCAGAACAUGUGUUAACUUAUGUCUCUUCUUCAGUGAGGUUAAUGUCUUUUUGUUUUGUCCAGAACUAUAUUGAAAAGUAAAAAUAUUAUAUUGUGUAAUGCAUAUUGAAGGAAUGCAAUAAAGAAUAAAUAUACUUGAA